AUGCAUCGUUCCAUCCCGGCUAAACGCCUAGCCUUAUCCACCCAACCGCGUCCUGCAACGGGCAGCUUUGUCAGGUUUGCCUCAUCUCGCCCCAAAAGAGCACCAUCGACGAUUAGAGCCGAGCGACGGGACUCUCCCCGUAUAAGCCGAUCAGUGUCGCCUUUGCCUGGGCAGUUCGGGCCGGGAGAUCAAGGGUAUGCGGUUAGGAGGUUACCGUUGGAGCUUUACCUGUCUGCGCAUAAGGAAGGGCUGAUUACCAUUGGUGUUCGGGAGGCUUCCAAAAUUGCGCGGGAAUGCAUUGAGCUUGCUGCGGAGCUAAAGGCACAGACAGAGGAAGUCGUCCUCACGGAGAGGAUUCAUACUGAUAUCGAUAAGAUCUCGCAAACCCUUUUCGUCCUCCUCCGGUCUCCAUAUUAUGCACGAUUAGCACUAUGGUUCCUACCCCAUUUGGCCAAACAAGGAGACGUGCGAUCGUCCUAUUACCUAUCCCACGUUAAAUCGAAGGCUUCACGCCAGGCGGAUUCGCUCUCCUGGCCAGACAAUCCCACAGAACCCCUCCAGGCCGUCAUUAUCGGACAGGGGCUGCUAGAUAAAGGGGACUUGGAGAAUGCUGCACGACGGUUCAAACAGGCAAUGGACAUAUCAAAACCUGUUGAUAAGCCCGAGAGCUUCGAUGCUCUGUUCCCCACUAGCGUUCAACAACCCUGGGAAGCUUACGGCUCCGUAAUGCAGUCAUUGGGCCAACAAGAUGCAGCAAAAGAGGCGUAUUCCGUUGGUGCGACGCAGUACGAUAAUUCACGAGCCUACAAGUUGCUUCUGCAGGACAUCCUACAAUCUGGAGACCUGGUCAAGUACGAGGAGUACCUUACUAAGGUUGCUAUGGGCAAUGACAUACCAGCAUGCUACCAGCUAGGGAAUCUAUACCUUACGCUAUACCUAAUGAAGAGUGACUCUAAGGAGAGCAAGCCGGGUGGAGAUAAAGAAGAAACGUUGCUUGAAUCACGGUAUACGAAGGACGAAAGUCAGAAGCUAGCGAUUGAGUGGUACGAGAUCGCCGUUGCCGGCGGCCAUGCACAGGCAGCACUUGUUAUGGCAGGACUGCUGCGGCAGCAAAAUAAACGCGAGCAAGGGUUAAGAUAUCUCCAGAUUGCGGAGGCGAAUCCAAACUACUCUGAACGCGCGGCGGGGCUACGUGGGUCGUGGCAAGAUGAGCAGUUUACCUUUGAUAUCAAAGAUCUGAUGAGAUGA